ACAUGGCAAUAGAUGCUGAUAAUUCAAGCUAUUAUCUUUAUUGUGGUAUUGGUGUGGAUAAGGAAGAUUGGUAUUUUGCCUUGCAGAGAUCAUCAAAAUUAGAGUCAAAUUCUCCAGGGCCUCAACCACAGGUUGUGAGAGAUAAAACGCAAUUUGAUCAUAUUGCAUUGAAUAAUCUUUCAAAGAUACUUUCUUCCAAUGACGAUAAUAUUAAUACUCAAUGGUUGAACGUUAUAUUGGGUCGUAUUUUCCUUUCAGUGUAUAAAACCCAGUCUGUAGAUAUUGGAAAUGGAAUCCCUUAUGUUACCAACCCCAAAUUAGUAGAACUAGCACAGAACGGUGAAUUAAGCGUAGAACUUAAUAUUGAUUAUAAUGGUGGAUUUCGCGCCGAAAUAGAGACAGAAGCAAUAAUUCCAGUGACACGACUCAAAACGAUAAAGGUUCCAUUGGUCUUAGCUGUCGUGUUGAGGGGAUUGAUCGGAAAAUUAUUGCUGCGUAUUAAAGCUCCACCAACGAACAGAAUAUGGAUAGGCUUUUAUGAAAUGCCAAAGUUGGAUUUACUAAUAGAACCCAUUGUUUCGGAAACGCAACUGAAAUUCUCUCCCAUUAUUAAUGCCAUAGAAUCCAGAAUUCAUGAAAUGAUAAUGGAUUCUAUUGUCUUACCAAAUAUGGAUGACAUACCUUUCUUCGUAAGCCAUGGUAAAGGGGGAAUUUAUGAAGGUGAUAUCAAAGUCGGUGAAGACGAAGCACGGGAACAACCUAACCCAGACAUAGAGUGCGCUAAAGAGCCUGAACCAGCCGAGCCGGAAGUAAUGCCGACUGUUAUUGUUGGAUCAGAGAGUGAAGAAAAAUUAGAUGAUAAACCUAUCGUUCAAGAAAAACCAGUUGCUGACACA